GGUUGCUGAGAGUAACCGACGCGUGUCCGUCCGCGCUAGCUGGCAGCUGUGUUAUCGUAACUGCCUGCGUGGGAGAGGCGGGUGAGCGCAACGUUCUGCGACCGGCCACCUCACCCGAUUGCUUCUUCAUCUUUAUAUAGAGGCCAUUGAGCAAAGCCCUCCGCCGCGCGGCGUUGUAGUUGCUUAGAACAAACAAGAAGGUGCUUUCGAAGUCGUACCUUUACACGAUCGAUUGUUAGGGUUUGUUUUGCUCGGUGGAGCUCUGUCGGCGUCGAGCUCGAUGGCGGAGGCUGCGUGUAGGUGCAAAGAAAUGGAUCGGAUCAAGGGGCCGUGGCGUCCAGAGGAGGAUGAGGCGCUGCGGAAGCUGGUACGUCUCCACGGCCCGAGGAACUGGUCGCUGAUCAGCAAGUCGAUCCCUGGGAGGUCGGGGAAGUCGUGCCGGCUCCGGUGGUGCAACCAGCUGUCGCCGCAGGUGGAGCACCGUCCCUUCACGGAGGAGGAAGACGAGGCCAUCAUCCGAGCCCACCGCCGCUUCGGAAACAAGUGGGCCACCAUCGCCCGCAUCCUCUCCGGCCGAACCGAUAACGCGGUCAAGAACCACUGGAACUCAACCCUCAAGCGAAGAUACUCGUCUUUCGUCACCGAGGAUGACACCACCGACGUGGCGGAGAGGCCGCUGAAACGGACGUGCAGCGACGGGUCGGAUGUUUCGUCCGGGGCAGCAGGGCGGAGCUUGAACCCCGGAAGUCCAUUGGGGUCAGAUCUCAGUGAUUCCAGCCAAAACACGCCAAUGGCUUCUCCGAUCUCCACCACUUCUCGCAUCAACCGGCCGCUGACCAGAACCGGCGGCAUAUUUCUUCCUUCCUCCGCCGCUCCCAACCCUCAACAGUUCGAGUCAUGCACCACCGGUGGUACCGCCACCACUACCUCCCCAUCCCUACCACUUAAGAUCAUGGAAGAUCCGGCGACCUCCCUCACCCUCACCCUUUCUCUUCCCCGCUCAGACCUAAAAGACGCCACCGACCAGCGUCGGAGCUUGCAUGACGGCGACAACAAUAAGAAACAACUCGAUCUGCUGCCAUCUAUGUCGAUUCCCGUUGACGAGAAGCCACCGACUCCAGCUAUGAAGUGCAUGGACGACGGGAAGAUCUGGGAGGAGGAACGGCGGCGGCGGGCGUUGUCGUUCCCCUUUGGGCCGGAGUUCCUGGCGGUGAUGCAGGAGAUGAUCCGGCAUGAGGUGAGGACCUACAUGUCGGACUUGGAACGGAGCGGCACGAUCGGGGAGCAAUCGCCGCUGCAGGCGCAGAGCAGCGCUCGGAUCGGAGCAUCGAGGAUGCUGUAGUCAGAAACAUUUCGUGGGGCAUCGAAAUCAGAAAAAAAUAAAAACACGGGAAAAGAAAAUUCGGUUGUAAUAGACAAGGGCCACAAGGCAUCCUUUUGAAUGCCUAUAAUAAUUUUCUCUUGGAUCUCUUUGUAUAUCAAACAAAAUAAUGCACGGCGAUAUGGAGGUCUAUCCCUUCC